GCCAUUUUCAAGUUUUGUACCACCAAAAGAUUGUUUGUGAAGAAAGUUAUUUUUGGGUUAUUUGCAGACGUUCGGGCAGGGGCCAAAGGAUACUGUAAAAUUUGCAGCAUUAGCAUUUUACAACUUUUGUUUUCUUAUGACGUACUUAAUUGAUAGAUGAAAUAACAAGAACAUAAGUAUUAGGAAAUCUGAGAAUUUAUCAAAUCGAUCAAAUCAAAAUCGUUUUAAAAUUAUGAUAAGCUUGAAACAACGUUCUUUUACAAAGACCAUACCUGAUAUUGUAUUACCAUGGCAAAAGGAUCUGGGUACUAGUAUUUUGGCCUAGGCAAAACAAGUUUCAAGUCUGAUUUUGAAACCAAUAGAACACGGGCUUGUGAUGGUUUUCCUGCAUGCAGACUGAGUUCCCGAUAAAGGAGGAUGCUUUGGUAAUUUCAAAAAAGCCUCAAGGUGCAAAUUUAAUCUGAUACUUGCAGAAUGAAGGAGGUUCUAGAAAAAAUUACGCUCGGGAUUUUAAAGUCACUCGAGCAGCAGCCAGGAGUGACAAAUGUGAAAAUGAUGGAUCUAAAGCCUGCAGACCAAUCUGUGAUAGAUGCAUGGGAGCAGAAAUACAUGUGCAAACUUCCAAUGGAGUUAAAAAACUUUUACCUGACAACAGAUGGAAUGUUAAUUCAAUGGAGUAUAACAUUUAAAGGAAGCAUCAUGCCACUUGGAAGGAUGGAAGUAAAUCCAAUUGCAAGUUUGACAAAGUUUGCUACACCUCAGAGUGGGAGAUUUACUGAUGGGCCUUCCCUGCUUGAUAUUGACACAGAUGAAGAUGAAACUGAUGAAGAAGGUCGGAUCAAACCACAUUUCGACGAAAGAAACAGGAUUUACGAACUUGACAGCUGCAAUGGCAAUGGAAAAGUCUGUUUGGUUUACAAGGAUCUUAAAGCUGGAUUCACAACAAGCAAGCCAGAGAUAUGGUUUUUGGAUCGGUCAUUGCAGUGGUCCUUCCUGUCAGAUAAUUUCGUUAACUAUUUUCGAAUGAUGAUGAUACAUUUAGGCCUUCCAAAUUGGCUGUAUCUGUUUACAAAGAUUGGCCUGAGUCCUGAAACUAAGUUCUGGUUUCAUUUGUAUGCACCAGAUAGACUUGCUUUGGAGGCCAACAAUAAUAAAAUAAACACCGAUAACGUUGACGAGGGUUCUGGUGCAAAGGUUGUUAAAAUCAACCCUCAGAGACUUUUUAAAGGAAAAUCAGAGAAGAAGAAGGCUGGAGGCGAGCAAGGAAAAACCAGAGGCCAGGGGACUGUGAGUAAAACAAGGCCGUCGGGUGGCAAACAUCUCAAGAGUGCCAGUAGAUUGCAGCAAAGAUAGACAAAAGACUUAACGUUAUCUUCUUUAGAGGAACUUAUCUGGAAUUUUAUCAGUGCAACAGUUUGAUAUUGCUUGCAAGAGCAUCCAUGGAUUCAGGAAAGUUAUACUGAGUGCGGCAUAAAACAACCCAUGCACAGAUCCAAAUACAUGGUCACAAAUAACACGAUCUUUAUAUAAAUAGAUAUUUGUUACAUAAUCCUAUAGAAACUUCAAUCAAUGUUUAUUUAUUGCCCACUGUAAAAUGAUGUGCAGUUUCAAUUUAUAAUAACUGACAGUGAAUACGUUAUAAACGGUCGCACAUAUGUAUUUGUUAAUAUUUGGUAGUUAAUAUGUGUCUUUUUAAGUAUCUCUUAAAGUUAGUUAUAGCAUUAAAUUCUUAGUUGUUAGUGAAUUUAUUCCCUUCCCCCCUUAUUAUUUUGCGAUCCCUCGCGGUAUUACGUUUCAUCGUUUAUUGAUUUUUCUGAUUUCACAGAUGAAUUUAAAUCUUUUGUUAUUCAUUGAAACAUGAAAGCUCUUUAUCGUGUUUUUUUAGGAAUAUUAUUUAUAAGAAGAAUAUUCAGAAUUAUCAAAUUUUUAAAAAAAAUUAUAAGAAAAUUGCUCAGGCUAGGCUCGCAUAUUUGUGUCUUAUUUUCAAGAGAAUGCUUGUUUUGCGAUAUUCUUAAUGAAUAAUGAAAUAAUGUUAUCUUGAUAACAGAUAAUCGCAGACGAACAUAUCUCGUUUUUUCAAAAGUGUCGUUUCUAUUCGAUUUGAAAAAAAUAAGCACACCCUAAAGAUAUAUUCAGACUCAAAACGAAGCUGGACAAAAUUUAUGAAAAAAAAGUGUAGUAUUACAAAAUGUAGUACACUUUUUGAGAAAUUGAUUGUUUGUUAGUAAUCACAGAAUUUUCUUCUAUUCAGUUAAAACCAGCCCAUACUCCACACCCCUAACAGAGACC